AUGUCUACCCAAAAUGCUCCCCGUCGCACCCGUACAUCAAAUGCAACCACUUGGCCUGGCCAGAUAGUGCUUGACGCAAAGAUCAAGAGGCAUACCAAAGCGCAAAAGGCCGCCGACGACCUUGCCCUCAAGGAAGCACAGGAAGCACAGGAAGCACAGGUCCAAAAAGGGCUGGAGCGCUUGGCUGCUGAUGAGGCAAACGACCUCUGGGAGGCUGUCGAGACCGUGGAGGCUGUCAAGACCAUGGAGGCCACCGAUAACAUGGAGGAUGGAACCACAGGCGCGAAUAAGAGGAAGGUAAUAAAGAAAGGUGGAAAGGUGCUGAUAAAGGAUGCUAUCAGUAACAUGCAAAAGAAGAUCAAUGAACCAUCAUCAAAAUUGGAAGGUGAUAACGCCAAUAACGUGGCACAUGUAUCUGAUGGGAAAGAUACACCAGCACCGUAA